AUGGAACAAGACGGUACUUAUAAACCCAAGACAUGGGCUGCCAUUCAUAAUGCCACUUAUCCAGCAGAAGGAGCCGGUAACCAGACUUUUGACAAUCGAAUUCUUAUUGGUGUUGGACUUGGUCUUCCUUAUGUCUUCAAGUACUAUCUUGGCUUAUCCUGGUUUUCUUAUAUUGUGUUGACCAUCUUGUUUGCUCUUCCUGUUCUUGCAUCUGUCAUUUACUUGUACAGUCGAUUUGCUCCUCGUUAUCGUAACCGUAUCCGUCUCCCUGGUAAACCUUUGGAAGAAUAUAUGACCAUCCAUGACCCAGAACUUAAACAACAAUACAAUGGCCACAAUAAGAUUCCUAUGGAAACAUUCUUUGAAGCUUACUUUGAAGGCAAGAUUGAUAUCAAGGGUGAUAUUUUGGAAGUAUUCGAAUUACGCCAUGACUGGGCUGCUUUCCAAUUCACAUUUGGACAAUUCAAGUUCUUUUUAACUCAAUGGAUUCCUGAAACUUUCUGGCACAGUCGUGAUCAAGAUGAAAAUCAGGUACGUGACCAUUAUGAUCGUGGUAAUGAUUUCUAUGAAGCCUUCUUGGGUCCUCUUAUGGUAUACACUUCUGGUAUUAUCUCUGAUGCCACCAAGCGUGAAACUUUGGAACAAAUGCAAGAAAACAAGAUGGAUUUGAUUUGUAACAAGAUUCAUUUGAAAAAAGGUGAAAAACAUUUGGAUAUUGGCUGUGGUUGGGGUACUUUGACUGCAUAUGCUUCUAAACACUAUGGCUCUGAUUCUACUGGUGUGACUUUGGCUAAAAAUCAAACUGAAUUCGGUAACAAACGCUGUGAAGAAUGGGGUGUGAAGGACACUGCUCGUAUCAAUUGUAUGGAUUACCGUGAUAUUCCCUCCAAUGUGACUUAUGAUAAGAUCACUUGUGUUGAAAUGGCUGAACAUGUUGGUCUUCGUCGUUUCCCUCAAUUCCUUCAUGAGGUGCGUGAAUUGUUGGAUGAUGAUGGUUUGUUCUAUAUGCAAGUCGCUGGUUUACGUGCUACAUGGCAAUAUGAAGAUUUUAUUUGGGGUCUCUUUAUGGCUCGUUACAUUUUCCCUGGUGCUGAUGCUUCCACUCCUCUUUACUGGUACAUUAAGCAACUGGAAACUGCUGGUUUCGAAAUUCAAAACGUUGAUACUGUUGGUGUACAUUACUCUUCUACAUUGGAAAAAUGGUACUUGAACUGGAUGAAGAAUCGUGAUGAUAUCCGAGCUAAAUAUGGUGACAAGAUUACUCGUGUUUGGGACAUCUUCCUUGCUUGGUCUACUAUCAUCUCUCGUCAAGGUAGUGCUACUUGUUUCCAAAUUGUUGCUAACAAGAACCGCAAUUCCUUUGAUCGUGCUGCUCUUAUCAAUAACCGUACUAACCCAUCUGCAUGGAAGUCUCAAAAUGAAUAGUUAUUCCUUAUUUUGCAUAGUUCAUGUUAUUAUUUACUUUUUGAUUUUUUUUAUUUAUAUAUGUACACUUUUAUUCCAAGUAUAAGCAAAUAAACAAAUU